AUGUCAUUCAGACCAGGUAGCAGAGGUGGUUCCAGAGGUGGUUCCAGAGGUGGAUUUUCAAGAGGCGGUGCUAGAGGUGGCUCCCGUGGUGGAUUCUCUAGAGGUGGUGGUCGUGGUGGUUCCCGUGGUGGGUUUUCCAGAGGUGGUGGCCGUGGUGGUCCACGUGGAGGUGCCCGUGGUGGUCGUGGUGGCCCAAGAGGUGGUGCUGCCGGUGGUAACAGAGGUGGUGCUAAAGUUAUCAUUGAACCUCACAAACAUGCCGGUGUCUACAUUGCUAGAGGUAAAGAAGAUCUUUUAGUUACUAAGAAUAUGGCUCCAGGUGAAUCUGUUUACGGUGAAAAGAGAAUCUCCGUCGAAGAACCUUCCAAGGAAGAUGGUGUCCCACCAACCAAGACUGAAUACCGUGUUUGGAAUCCAUUUAGAUCUAAAUUGGCUGCCGGUAUUAUGGGUGGUUUAGAUGAAUUAUUUAUUGCACCAGGUAAGAAAGUUUUGUAUUUAGGUGCUGCCUCAGGUACCUCCGUCUCUCAUGUCUCUGAUGUUGUUGGACCAGAAGGUGUUGUCUACGCAGUUGAAUUCUCUCACAGACCUGGUAGAGAAUUGAUCUCUAUGGCUAAGAAGAGACCAAAUGUUAUCCCAAUCAUUGAAGAUGCUAGACAUCCACAAAAAUAUAGAAUGCUUGUCGGUAUGGUUGAUUGUGUGUUUGCCGAUGUUGCUCAACCAGAUCAAGCUCGUAUCAUUGCAUUGAAUUCUCAUAUGUUCUUAAAGGACCAAGGUGGUGUUGUUAUUUCCAUCAAAGCUAACUGUAUUGAUUCUACUGUCGAUGCUGAAACCGUUUUCGCCAGAGAAGUUCAAAAAUUACGUGAAGAACGUAUCAAACCUCUAGAACAAUUGACUUUGGAACCUUAUGAAAGAGAUCAUUGUAUUGUUGUUGGUAGAUACAUGAGAAGUGGAUUGAAGAAAUAG